GCCGUCACAACUGUCACAAGGAUGUACAGAUCAAUGGAUAUAUUUAAUAAAUUUAUUUGCAUGGCCAGUAUGUAUUUAUAUGCAGGCAUCUCCUUGUGCCUUUUCCCCCCUUUCAUAUGGCUGUUCUUUCCAAUUCUUUUCCUGCACCCUCUCCUUCAUUCUUGGCUACAGUUCUUCUGCUGCACCUCUCCAUUUCAGAGUUUGGACUGCUACAAGAAGGUGCAGCUUUGGGGAUUAAUUAUGGACAAGUAGCCGACAAUUUGCCAUCACCAGACAAGGUGGUCAUUCUCCUGCAGUCCCUCAAGGUCACCAAAAUCAGGAUCUACGACACCAACCCCAAGGUGUUGACCGCUUUCGCUAACUCCGGCAUCGACCUCACCGUGACGCUCGCCAACGAGCUCGUCAGCCAAAUGGUUGACCCGCAACAAGCGCUCCAGUGGGUCACGACCCAGAUCAAGCCAUACGUACCAGCGACCAAGAUCAGUGGCAUCUCAAUUGGCAAUGAGGUCUUCACCAGCAAUGACACACAACUCAUGACCAACUUGGUCCCAGCCAUGGCCAGCAUCUAUGGUGCACUAGUCCAACUCGGGCUCGACUCGUCGGUACACGUGUCAACCUCCAACUCCCUGGCAGUCCUCGUAAAUUCCUACCCACCAUCGACCGGCUCGUUCCGCUCGGACCUUGCCGGUCUGAUCGAGCCCAUGUUGCAGUUCUUGGUUCAAACAAGUGCACCCUUUUGGAUCAAUGCCUACCCUUUCUUUGCUUAUAAGGGUAACCCAACAACUGUGCCCUUGGGCUAUGUGCUCUUUGAGCCCAAUGAAGGGAUGGUGGAUCCAUACACCAGGUUGCACUAUGACAACAUGCUCUAUGCACAGGUUGAUGCUGUGAUCAUUGCAAUGGCUAGGUUAGGGUUUGGGGGGGUGGAGGUCAGGGUUUCUGAGACAGGGUGGCCCUCCAAAGGGGACCCAGAUGAGUAUGGGGCAACCAUGGACAAUGCUGAGUCCUACAACAGGAACUUGCUGAGGAGGCAGCUUGAGAAUGAAGGGACACCUCUUAGGCCCAGCCAGAGACUGGAGGUCUACCUGUUUGCCUUGUUCAAUGAGGACAUGAAGCCAGGGCCAACAUCUGAGAGGAAUUAUGGGCUUUAUCAGCCUGAUGGCACCAUGGUUUAUGAUGUGGGACUGGCUGACAUCUCAACUGGAUCUACCUCUGUCUCUUUAGCAUCUCAUGGCUCCAAGGCAACGAGCGUGGACUUUCACCGCACCGUGGCAUGCAUUUUUCUAUCUAUAUGUUCAUUCAUUGUUUUAAUGAGAUGGAGAUUUUUAAUUUAAGUUCACAAAUUAAUAACUUAUUGCUUCGUUGAUA